GUCCCUGUGGGCUGUGACAAGCCCCUGUCCUUGCGUUACACACAGUGGCAGUGCCCAGCCCAGCAAGUAACGGGGAGAACUGCUGGCCCAGGGACGUGUGUGGCCACCAGGUCCCCUCCCAGCCACCCCCAUAAAGGGACAUCUCUGCCAUCUGCUAAGCCUGCACCAAAGUGGGGUGACCCUGGGGUUCCUGGCGAGUCCCAGCCCUGCUGCUUCCUUAACGGGGCAAACCCCCUCUGCAUCCCUCACCGACCUGGAUUCAUUUCUCUGCCCACUGCUUCCAGCAAGAUCCCAGCUAGGGAACGAACAGGAAAGGGAUGACUUGGGGAAUCUCUCCCUGUGAGUACCUGAACAGAUCCCCAGCCCGCAGCGAGGAGCAGCCCCUCUGCCCUCCGGGGGACCCAGCCGUGCCCUGCCCGCUCCCCCCGGCGCCGUGCGGGGCUCCGUGUGCCUGCGUGAGCCCGUGUGCGCGGAGGCAUUCACCAGCCUAUAAAUCUCCUGGCAGGGCUCUCUCCAAACUUCAGGAGGUUCCCCGGGGGAAGAGUUAAGAUGCAGCCUGUGCGUCAGCGGCCGCAGCGGGCUGCCCGCCGGGGCUGAGCCCAGCCUCGCAUCUGCCCCGGCAGGUUCUUCCCGCAGGUCAAUCCCGCCGCCGCUCCGCGCUCACGGUACGUAGUGCUGGAACAUCCUCCCGCUGCUCCGGGAAGGGCUGGCAGGGAUGCUAGGAGGUGCAUCGGCUGACGGAUGAGGGGAUAUUUCAGCGUUUUCCCUUUUUUUAUUUCCUUUUUAAAUAAAACGCUCUGCUUUUGCAGUGGUGUUUUGUUGUUUUUUUGUUUUUUUUCUUUUCCCGAGAUAAAAGAUUUGUUAAGAUUUCUUGACAAUGCUUUUUAAGUCUUGCCGUGUGUUUCUUUAUCUGUGUGAGAUUUCUGAUUGUGCUGGGGAUUUAUUCAACAAACCAAACUCCUGGGAAGUUAUAGGGAGGGCAGCUGCAGUGACUCUCAGCAUACUCCUAACUAUCCCCUGUGCCACAGGUACGUGCCACAAGUGAAAAAAUGGGGGAGACUUUCUACUGAUUUUAUCUUUUUUAAAAAAAGAAACAAGAAAACCAAUCCCCCUGCCAUGUCCCUGACAGUCCUGGGGAAUUUGCUCUGAUAAAUAAGGUUAUUAAAGAGAUUAAUUUUAAAUAUUACUAUUUUUAAUAGGGAAAAAGUACUAUUAUUAAUAGGUGGAAAAAUUAUUUCCCCCUUAUUUUGGGAAGUGGUGCUUGGAUGGUGUCUGCGAUCCUGAGUGGCGCCUGUGUUGUUUCCUCUCCUAGAUCAGCCCACCCGCAGCAGGGACCAGCAAUCCCCCUUUAUCCUCGCUUCACUCCGCGCCAGGAGCACAAACCUGCCGGGGGGGUGGCAUGGCCGUGCUGCACCUGCACCUGUACCUGGCGGCGCUGGGCUGCUGGGUGUCCCCGCUGUCCGGCUCCCUGCUGCCACCCAACGCCACCGCGCUGCUGUCGCCGGGCGCGGGCGCGGCCGCGGGCCCGCGCUGGGGCGGGGGCGUCCCGCGGGGCCGGCGGAGGCGCCACCUGUCCGCCCACGACAUGAGCCUCAUCCUGGACUACCACAACCAAGUGCGGGCGCAGGUGUCCCCCCCCGCUGCCAACAUGGAAUACAUGGUGUGGGAUGAGCGGCUGGCCAGGGCAGCGGAGGCGUGGGCUGCGCGCUGCCUGUGGGACCACGGCCCCCCCGAGCUGAUGAAGUACGUGGGACAGAACCUCUCCAUCCAGUCGGGCAGGUACCGCUCCAUCAUGGACAUGGUGAAAUCCUGGCACCAGGAGAAGCAGCACUACUCCUUCCCCCACCCCCGCGAGUGCAACCCCCGCUGCCCCUCCAAAUGCAGCGGCUCCGUCUGCAGCCACUACACGCAGAUGGUGUGGGCAACCUCGAGCCGCCUGGGCUGUGCCCUGGGCACCUGUGCCAACGUGCGGGUGUGGGGCAGCACGUGGCGUCACGCCAUCCUCCUCGUCUGCAACUACGCCAUCAAGGGCAACUGGCUGGGAGAAGCGCCCUACAAGGUGGGGCGGCCGUGCUCAGCCUGCCCGCCCACCUACGGCGGGGGCUGCUCCAACAACAUGUGCUUCACCGGAGUCAAAUCCAACCAAGUCAGCUGGUUCUAGGGCUGCAGCCCCAGGAGGAGCCCUGGGAAUGGAGAUGGGGUGAACAAGAAUUAUUUAUAACAGUGACCCCCCCCCCCGACAGCCUGGUUCUCCAACCUGCUUCAUCCCUAAUGCCACGUAGGAAAACGCUUUUCUAACACACCUCUCCAGCAGUGUUGUCUGGCUGCUUCCCACUUUGGGGGAACUUCGGACAGUUCAGGUCCCUAUUUUCUGAAAUAGGGAUGGUUUAGGGGUGCAUGGAGGGAGUGGGGCUGGCUGGCAUGGUCCCUGCUCUGCAGACUCAGGGCUUUCCCCACUGCCCCCCCGGUGCUAAGGCAGAGGCUGGUGUAAGGGAAUGCCAAGGUGUUCCCCUCGUGGUGAGCAGCUGGAUAAGUGGGGAGCCCCGAGCAUGCUCCUGCUUCAAAGCAGCCCCUCUGACUGUGGGGUCCCCAGCUCUGAGCCCCCCAAUAAAGCAGCCUGGAGACCCCCAUGCUGUUGGUUCUCCCUCACUCGCAGCCUGAAGCCUCGGGGUAACACGGAGCCAGCACCUUUGCUCUGGUUUUGGGGUAAGCAGCAAAGAGGGGGGCAGAAGCCCUAGGUGGGGCCACGGGCUAUGGGCACGGGAGA